CCAACGCCGCCGCUGUCAUCAUCUUUUCCUGUUCACCGACAUCGUCCCCCUUCAUCAGUGUCACCCAUCGACCCGAGAACGUCGUUCUUGAUUUUCAGUGUUGCACCUUCAAAACUUUACUCUGCCCAUCCCUUAUUGCUCGCUGUCGCAAUCUGCUGUCUAUCCAUAUCAAAACCCCCAGCUGCGCCGCCACGCCGUGACCCCCUUGUCGUUGUGUUGAAAUCCUUAGAACCAGCAUUAUAGCUUUGUUUCUUUGUCAAAAUCAAAGCGAUGUUAAGCCAUGGUCAAACCAUUCUCAAGAAGGAAACAGAAGCUUAAGGAAGAAAAAAAGUGAAGACAUGGGAAAGAGAGGAAGAAGUGGUAGUGGAGAUGCCGGAGGCUUGAAAAGAGCUGCAAACACGCCGUUGAAGUUCCAAAAGACGGUCUCACUCAGAGAAGAAGCGACUGGCAAGAAGCAAACAAGGGGAGGAGGUUCCACCAACGUCAAAGCUGCAUUGAAACACGAGCACUUGCAAAACCUAGCCGUCUGGGCUAGUGGCGAAGCCUCAAUCCCUUCUUUGGCUUCUUUUUUUGGGCACAGGUUGGCCGCUGAUGGAGAAGCUUCGGCAAUCCCCCAUGAUCCUUCUUUAUUUCCUUGCCAGAGAUGUGAGACGAUUCUUCAGCCUGCCUUUAAUUGCACUGUUCGCAUCGAAAAGAAUCGAGCCAAUGCAAGGCAUAGACGUAAGAAACCCUAUAUUUCGACACAGAAUACCGUGGUCUACAACUGUCACUUCUGUUUGCAUCGGAAUCUAAAACGAGGGACUCCAGAGGGCCACAUGAAAGAAAUGUACCCUCCCAAGUCAAAAACAUCAUCUUCGAUACCCAAAGUUGUCAAGUCCAGAAAUUUGAAGGCUAUUAUCAGUUCAGGUGAAGAAACAAACAAAGAUGAUACUGAUGAGAUGAAAUUAACAAGUUUACCUGCAGUGGCUGCUGCUGAAAAUCCGAACACAGAUGCUCCUGUGACUCCAGGUAGAGGUAGGACUUUGUUGGAUUUGAAAAAGAGAAAUAGGAACAAAUCCGGGUCGAAAAGACCGGUUGAACAGGAAAACAUUCCGAUGACACCUGAUGUGGGAAAAACAGUUGGUGCUUCUGGUAAGAGGAGGAGAAAAUCUUGGAUGAGCCUCAGUGAAAUCAUUGCGGCCAAUGAGGAUUGAGGACUUGUACUUCUAGACUCGUAUUCUUUGUUGUGAGCUACGUUUCACGAAUUCUUUAUUUUUCCCAAAAUACUCGUUGUAUGCGUCUCUGUGUCCCA